AUGCAACUUGAAAAUAGGACCUUCAUUGUCACCGGGGGAUCUUCAGGCUUAGGCCGGGCGACAGCACAGGCUUUGGCUCAUAGUGGCGCGCGCGUUGCUUUGUUUGACCUGGCUGAACCUAUUGACGCCGCAGAAGAAGAACUUCCAUCCGAGCUAGUGAGGUUCUACCCGGUCGACAUAUCAUGCACUACAGACAUCACCAAGGGAAUUAUGAAUUCCUCCUUCGAGCCUCUGGCACUUGCGAAGUUACAACAAGCCAUCAACGUGAACCUUGUCGGGUCUCUCGACCUCAUCCGACAAGUCGUUCCUCACAUGGCUCAACUACCCGAGUCGAUCGAUCCCGACGAUGAGUCCGAAAGAGGUGUGAUUGUUAUGGUAUCUUCGGCUGCAGCGUACGAUGGGCAGCAAGGCCAGGUGGCUUACGCGGCUACCAAGGGAGCCAUCCGGUCUCUGACAUUGCCACUGGCGAGGGACCUAUCCCGAUACGGCAUCCGAGCUGUAUCUAUUGCGCCAAACAUGUUCUCUACUCCGAUGACCGCUCAAGGAAAGAUGCCGGAAAGAGCACGAAAGGCUAUCGAGGCCCACUUUGAAUGGCCAAAGCGAGCGGGGAAACCGGAAGAGUUCGGCGGGUCUGUUUUGGAGAUAUUUAGGAACCGGAUGCUUAAUGGAUGCUGUCUGAGACUUGAUGGUGCAAUGAGACUCCCUGGAAAAUUUUGA